GAAAGGUACUUUUCAUUAGACUUUGUUUCCUGUAACUCUUUUUCCAGCACCAGGGAGAAGAUCGUCUCCUAAGACUUCUUCAUCAGUAAGACAUUUAAAGAAAAAUAUCUGGAAACCAUCGGAAGAACAUGGAAGAACCUGGGAAGAGGGUUGCAACCCGUGGGGUGACAUGCUUUUCGAAAAUUAAGAUGUUUCUUUUGGCAUUAACAGGGGCAUAUGUAGCCAAAUCACUAUCAGGAAUUUAUAUGAAUUCCAUGCUCACACAAAUAGAGAGACAAUUCAAUAUCCCCACAUCUAUAGUUGGAUUUAUCAAUGGGAGCUUUGAGAUUGGAAACCUUUUGUUCAUUAUAUUUGUGAGUUAUUUUGGAACAAAACUGCACAGACCUAUAGUGAUCGGUGUUGGAUGUGUGGUUAUGGGCCUAGGAUGUUUCUUAAUAUCACUACCUCAUUUCCUAAUGGGCCGAUACGAAUAUGAGAAAACAAUCUCACCUUCAAACAACUUGUCCUCAAACAGCUUCUUGUGUUCAGGAAACAGAAGCCAGACUUUAACACCAACACCGGACCCUAAAGAGUGUUCAAAAGAAAUUAAAUCCUUAAUGUGGAUAUAUGUAAUGGUAGGAAAUCUUAUCCGUGGAAUUGGUGAAACCCCCAUCAUGCCCUUGGGUAUUUCUUACAUAGAAGAUUUUGCCAAAUCUGAAAACUCCCCUUUAUAUAUUGCUAUUUUAGAAACAGGAAAGAUUGUUGGCCCAUUGAUUGGACUUUUAUUGGCAUCCUUCUGUACAACCCUUUAUGUAGACAUUGGAUCUGUGAAUACAGAUGACCUGACCAUAGCUCUCACUGAUACACGCUGGGUAGGUGCUUGGUGGAUCGGCUUUUUGAUCUGUGCAGGAGUGAAUGUCCUGACCAGCAUCCCCUUUUUCUUCCUUCCCAAAACACUCCCAAAAGAAGGACUAGAGGAUAAUGCAGAUGUGACUAAAAGCAAUGAAAAAGAGAAACACCGUGAAAAAGCCAUGGGAAAAAAACGUGGAAUCACCAAAGAUUUCUUGCCAUUCAUGAAAAGUCUCUUCUGCAAUCCGAUUUAUGUACUUUUCACACUUAUAAGUGUGCUCCAGAUCAAUUCAUUUAUCAUUACUUUUACCUUUAUGCCAAAAUACCUGGAACAGCAAUAUGGAAAAUCAACUGCAGAGAUAAUCUUUCUCAUAGGUGUUUAUAGCUUACCUCCAAUAUGCAUUGGAUAUUUAAUUGGUGGCUUAAUUAUGAAAAAGUUCAAGAUAACUGUCAAGAAAGCUGCAUACAUAGCAUUCUGUUUAUCCCUUAUUGAGUACCUUCUAUUUUUUUUAAACUUUAUGUGGACCUGUGAUAAUUUCCCAGUUGCUGGCUUAACUACAUCUUAUGAACAUGAACGAAUUCAACAGCCUUUGUAUGUAAAGAAAAAUGUUCUUGCAGAGUGCAGCAAAACGUGUAACUGUUUAACUAAAACAUGGGAUCCAGUGUGUGGAGACAAUGGCCUAUCAUACAUGUCAGCCUGCCUUGCAGGCUGUGAAAACUCUGAUGGAACAGGAAUCAACAUGGUGUUUCAAAACUGCAGCUGCAUUCAGUCUUCAGGAAGCUCAUCUGCAGUCCUUGGACUGUGUAACAAAAGCCCUGACUGUACUAUAAAGCUACAGUACUUUUUAAUCGUGUCAGUAUUCAGCUAUUUCAUCUUCUCACUGGCAGUCAUACCUGGGUAUAUGGUUCUUCUGAGGUGUACGAAGUCUGAAGAGAAAUCCCUUGGAGUUGGAUUACAUACAUUUUUCAUAAGAGUAUUUGGGGGCAUUCCAACACCUAUUUACUUUGGUGCCUUGAUAGACAGAACCUGUUUACACUGGGGAACUCUGAAAUGUGGUGAGCCAGGAGCAUGCAGGAUGUAUGAUAUAAAUGAAUACAGUUGUUUUCAACAGGCGCAUUUACAUUGGGUUGCCAGCAGCUCUAAGAGGAUCAAGCUACCUCGUGUCAAUCUUCAUUCUAAAACUUUUGAGGAAGUUCCAACUCCCUGAGGAAACUGACUCUUCAGAGACUGAACUUGCCGAGAUGAAGCUCACAGAGAAGGAAAGUGAGUGCAUGGAUGUGCCCAGAAGUCCUGAGUUUGAGAACAACAGAGAACUGAAAACGAAGCUGUAAUGAGAUUUCUAGUGGCCUGCAUAGGCCCACGGACAGAGUCUGCAUUUGGUUCUUUUGAAUUAUGAGUUAUAGGAACAAUUAUGCUGAAAGACCUUAAGAAUGUUUUUUAAUAAUGA